CUCCCCUUCUGAACUCGCUCCCGGGCUGCUGCUUUAACUUUGCAACCCUAAACUUUCCUCGCUGCUUUUGCCACUAUGGGAGGAAACAUCACGUAGCGAGCAACAGGAGUCGGAGCGGAGAGAGUUUUGCAGGCAGAGUUUUUCUUAAGCAGUGCACGACUUUAUUUCGCUUGCACAAAACAGUCGGGGGGGGGGGGGAGAGAGACAGUCAGUAGCAAAAGAGGGCGGAGGAGAAGCGAGGCUCCGUUUCUGCAACAGGAAUCCUCUGUCCCGGGACGACUUCUUUUUAAUUUUGGUUCGCGAUGGGCACGCAGCAGGAGAGCUCGGGGCCGGGAGGCGUCUGCACCCCGCCGGCAUUCUCCUUGUAACUGGGGAUCCGCUUGUCUGCAGAGCCCGGGAGAAAGCUGCGCGCUCCCUGGACCGGGCUGUAACAUGCCAGUGCUGGGGGUGGCCGAGGGGAGCCCCCUGCGCGAACCGGCGCCCCUCUCCUUGGAGCUCCCGCCGCGGAAGAGGCUCCUGCAGCCCGCCGCCCCCGAAGACCGCUGCGGCAGCCGCCCCGCUCCGGAGGGCGCCGGAGCCGCCUCGGGGGGCGAGCUGGGCCACUUCGAGAGAGCGGCCAAAGGAGGAUGGUGCCGAAGCUGCCAAGCCAAGCUGGCCGAGCUCAAGAGGCAAGCGGUGAAACUGGCCUCGGGCUGCAACUCCCUGACCCCGCCGGACCCCCGAUUAUCAGCUUUAAUUUUUGACAAGCUUCAAGUGCCUGAAUACUUACAGAAACCCAGGAGCGAAGGGGAGAGCAGGUGUGAUGUCUGUGCAGCCCACCUGAACCAGCUGAAGCAAGAAGCCCUCCAGGUCAUCCACAACCUCGACCAGGCCAGCUGCCAAGACGCAGCAGACCCCACACAAAGUGCCGCGGCAAUGGCUGCUGUGUUGCCAAGGCUGACCUCCCAAAACGUGGUCGCUGUGUCCUCUCAGAGGGACGUGUCUCUCAUGGCCGGGCAGGUGGGCAGGCAGCCUGGCAAAACUGCAAGCCUUUUCUCCGGGACGGAGAGGAAGAAGGGAAUUGGAUGGCCGCAAGGUGCAGGCGGGUUCCCAAACUCUAGCGUUCAAGUGACAGUGGCUCCCGGUGGCCUUAGCGGAGCGUUGAGCUCAGUGACGAUCCAGGCUCAGCAGUACCUUGAAGGGAUGUGGAGUAUUUCCAGGAUGAACAGCUUUCUCCCUCAAGCUUGCCUAGAGGCUACAGCAGCAGAGUGCGGAAGGGAAGGCUCCAAUAUUCAAGUCACCUCAGGGCAAAACAACUGUGACCAAACUGGAACCACUGGGCCAUUGGCUUCCCAAAGUCUGGUCGCCCCGGCCGGCGUCUCUGCAGGGACUUCAGCUGCAGCGUCAUUCUUCAUAAGAGCCGCCCAGAAACUUAACCUGUCCUCGAAGAGAAAGAAGCACCAUGCCCCAUUGCUGCCCUCCCAUGAAUUCUCCAUCUACGCCACUAAUUUCAGUGGCAUUCUGCAGAUGUGUCCUCCUCCUGCACCGCCAUGCCUUUUAAGAGCUGUGUCGAAAGUCAAAGAAAACCCGGGGAUUGGGAAGGUAAAAGUGAUGGUGAGAAUUUGCCCGUCGCAAGGAACACAUGACACAUCGGAAUCCAUGUCGUUUUUGAAGGUGGACCCGCGGAAAAAGCAGAUCACACUUUAUGACCCAUCUACAAGCAGCCUUUCCAAUGCUGGCCACCGAAGAGGAGCAGUAGCCGUCCCAAAGAUGUUUGCCUUUGAUGCUGUAUUCCCCCAGGAUGCUUCCCAGGCUGAGGUUUGUUCCGGAACAGUCGCAGAAGUAAUCCAGUCUGUCGUGAACGGUGCAGAUGGCUGCAUCUUUUGCUUUGGCCAUGUCAAGCUUGGCAAAUCCUACACAAUGAUUGGAAAGGAUAACUCCACCCAAAGUCUCGGCAUUGUUCCCUGUGCCAUCUCAUGGCUCUUCAAACUAAUCAACGAGCGGAAGGAGAAGACCGGCACUCGUUUCUCCAUUCGAGUGUCUGCUGUGGAGAUCAGUGGGAAAGAUGAAAACCUUCAGGAUUUGUUAGCUGAAGUAGCCACAGGCAGCCUGCAGGAUGGACAGUCCCCAGGGGUCUAUCUGCGCGAGGAUCCGAUAUGCGGAACUCAGCUUCAAAAUCAAAGCGAGUUAAGGGCCCCAACAGCAGAGAAGGCUGCUUUCUUCCUCGACGCAGCCCUGGCAGCCAGGAGUACGAGCAAACCCGAGUGCAACGAAGAGGAUCGGAGGAAUUCACACAUGCUGUUCACCCUCCACAUCUAUCAGUAUCGCAUGGAGAAAGGCGGAAAAGGCGGAAUGUCAGGCGGACGCAGCCGUUUACAUCUCAUUGACCUGGGAAGCUGUGAGAAGGUUCUAAGCAAGAGUCGAGAUGGAGGGGGCUCCUUCUGCCUGUCUCUGUCCGCCUUGGGCAGUGUCAUUCUGGCCUUAAUCAAUGAUGCCAAACAUGUGCCCUACAAGGACAACAAACUGACCAUGCUGCUGAGAGAAUCGCUUGGGAACAUCAACUGCAGGACGACCAUGCUAGCUCACAUAUCGGAUUCCCCGGCUAAUUAUGCAGAAAGUCUCACAACAAUCCAGCUUGCCUCCCGUAUCCAUAGGAUGAGGAAGAAGAAAUCCAAGUAUGCAUCCAGCUCUUCUGGAGGAGAAAGCUCAUGUGAAGAGGGCCACAUACGAAGACCUCCUCACCUGAGGCCAUUUCAUCCAAGGACUGUAGCUCUUGACCCUGACAUUCCUGUGCUGAACCUUUCCAACGAGACCGAUUAUUCCUCAAGCAGCGAACAGUCCUGCGACACAGUCAUCUACGUGGGUCCCAACGGUGCAGCUUUGUCGGACCGGGAGCUGACAGAUAACGAAGGCCCCCCAGAGUUUGUUCCAAUCAUCCCUUCCCUGAACAAGAAAAGAAACAAGGACACCCCUGGCCUCGCAAAGAGCUCCGACAAAGACCUUUUUAAGUGCAACACCUUCGCAGAGCUGCAGGAGCGGCUGGAAUGCAUCGACGGAAGCGAAGAGCCUGCCAAGUUCCUUGGUGGGGAAGCCCCCGGCACGUCUUGCAGCGGCACCGUCCCGGCGAGUACGGAAAGCGAACAGUCCAAACCAAAACCACCGUCUCCUCCUGGGGGGUUUAAAAAACCAGCCUUGCAGGAAACGGGGCCUCCCAAAAAAGGACACAGCCUUUACUUCCAGCGCAAUGGCAGCUGCCCUGAGAAGAAGGCCCCUCCUGCGAAGAUGGAACACGCCAAACAGCAAGCCAAGCCUGAAGGCAAGAGAGCGGACUCGGACGGAGAGAAAGAGGACUCCUAUAAGUUGCCGGCAUGUAAUACCGCUAAGGAUCAAGAGCCAAGCCAAGCCGUCGCUGAGCCAGUUGUAAAAGAGAAAUCUUUGUAUGCCAAGAGGCCGUUGCCCAGCCCUGCACCCCCACCCCCUCAGCAGCAGCAGGAGUCUCCAAUGAGGACCAAGCAAACGUACCUGAAGUUUGACCACUGUAACGCAAUCAGGACGCCGCCCGUGGGAAUGAGCAAGCAAGUGGGUAGCGAAUCUGAAUCUAACCCUGAAGGAAGCACAUUUUCGGCAACCAGCAACACAGAACACCAAGGAGAUGGCAUAGAGGUCCAUAGGUUCCGGUCCUCUUUCCGAAGCAAGUGCUUCGACCGGGAUAUCCUGACGACGACGGUGACGUUGCAGCAGCCCGUGGAGCUCAACGGCGAGGAUGAGCUUGUCUUCACGGUUGUUGAGGAGUUGUCCAUCAGCGGGAUCUUGGAUAACGGGAGGCCUGCCAGCAUCAUCAGCUUCAACAGCGACUGCUCCCUGCAGGCCCUUGCCUCUGGAUCCAGGCCAGUUAGUAUCAUCAGCAGUAUAAAUGAUGAGUUUGAUGCUUAUACCUCCCAGGCAAGUGCCACCGGUGUCAACAUUGAUAUCGUUGUGCCUUUUGCUGAAGACCCAUUCUCGAGCAGUAGCAGACGUUCCUCCAUCAGCUCGUGGCUAAGCGAAGUAAGCAUCUGUACGAUUGAGAGCGAUGGCUGCCGGUCCGGCGAUGGUUUUCUUGCUCAGUCCUCUUACAGCUGCAGCAAGUCUGAGGAGCCCUUUAUCAUGGGUUCUCCCAACGCGCCUGUUCCCUUGCAAGCCGCCCUAAACGACAGCGGCUUCUGCUUUUCGGAGCCGGAGAGCAAGAGCAUGAUUUCCAUCAGAGCAUCACCGGGUGUCAACAGGAGUCCUCAGAACUGCGACGUAACCAAAGCAUCUCAGACAGAAAGUGCUCUUUGCAUCACCGACCAGCCAGCGUACGCUAAGCCUUCCAGCUCUCAAAACACAAUGGUGAUAGAAACGAUACACUCCAGUCUUCCCCGGAGAACAAAAGCUACCUCAUCCCCAACCCACAACAACAACAGCACCCUCAGCUGUAAGGAACUGCAGAAACCGCAUGUGAUGUUUGAAGACCCCUGGCUGGUUCGUACAGGUGAUCAUUUGGAAGCAGACUCGCUGAUAUCUCCAAACUCUCCCAUGUUCAGCGCUGAGAAGCAGUCGGCGAAGACUGCCCAACAUUUAGAUGGCACAGCUAGGCCAACAAAAUCCCAGACAAUGCUUGCUUGUUCACAGAGGGUUGUCGAUGGUUGCGAAAUGGCCUGCAAAACGUCCAGUGGAGCGGCUAAAAAACCCGAUGCUGUCACAAAAAUGCCGCAACUCAGGAGAGGCGCUACAACACUGGGUGUGGUUCCUGUGUCGCACAGCAGCGGUGCGGCUGCAGAAGCUAUGAGCAGGGGAAGUUGUGAAGCUGUUUUUGCCACCGGAAGCCUGAAAAAGAAAACCCUGCAGCAAAAAUCCAGCAUGUUGCCCAGACCAAGUGGUACAAUACCUCCAGCACCCCCUGUGCGUAAAUCAAGCCUUGAGCAGAAAAAUGGAGGGAUACCGAACGGCGUGGGCAAGGCCUCAGGACUGGACCUUGCUAGGGCCACUACAUCGAAGAACGAGGACGAGUUUGAUUUGCGAUUGAGAGCUGGGUUGUGCGCUACCGAAAACAGUGGCGGCAGAGGCAACCUAAAGGCAGACCACUCCUUGCCCAAAGCGACCUCUAGUUUGAAGGCAAAGGCAUCCAAAAAUGAAGCUGUCCAUCGAUAUGGGAGCCACAUGUCCCUCGAGAGGUGUGACAGCCUGACGUCGGUCGGAUCGAAAGCCAACCUGAGUAGAGAAAAUGGCAGCAUUGGGAAUGGCAGGAAUGGCCGGAUGGUUCCAAGGCUUGGAGUUCCCCCUGUCCCUUCUGGCUUGACGUCGCCUCCAUCACUCACCACACCUUUGCCUGGCAAAAACAGCCAGGCCAAAGGUGCUGCAAGCCAGAAGACACCGGCCAACGGGAAUAAGAGCCGCAGCCUUUCGGCCAGCGGGUCCAAGUCUUUGAGCUCCUCUGUGAAAUCGUUGGCGCCAUCCGUUGGGAAGACCUCCGGCAUCCCCUUGAGUGGGAAAGCCGUGCCGCGGUCUCUGCAAGGCGUAAGCAGCAAGCCUGGUCGAGGAACCAUCAUGGGAACCAAACAGGCCAUCAGGGCAGCCAACAGCCGUGUCAACGAGCUGGCGUCGGGCAGUUCGGUCAAGAUGAGCCACUUCCGGGUGUCGACGGACUCUGACAGCGGCAACGACAGCGGGAUUAAUCUGAGCGAUGAGAAGUCGCAGGUCCCGGUGCUGCCGUCUCCGUACAGCAAGAUAACUGCCCCAAGGCGGCCUCAGCGCUACAGCAGCGGGCACGGGAGCGACAACAGCAGCGUCCUGAGUGGGGAGCUGCCCCCAGCAAUGGGCCGGACGGCUCUUUUCUACCACAGCGGCGGCAGCAGCGGUUACGAAAGCAUGAUCCGCGACAGCGAAGCCACCGGCAGUGCAUCCUCGGCGCACGAUUCCAUGAGCGAAAGUGGCAUGUCUUCGCCUGGUCGCAUGAGAAGUUUGAAAUCCCCAAAGAAAAGAUCAACAGGUUUCCAGCGCCGUCGACUGAUUCCAGCUCCUCUUCCAGAUUCUGCGUCCCUGGGGAGAAAGCAGAGUGUCACCGGCCAGUGGGUUGAUCUACCACCCUUGCCGGGCACUUUGAAAGAGCCAUUUGAAAUUAAAGUUUAUGAGAUUGAUGAUGUGGAACGAUUACAGCGGCACAGACAAGAGGAAACUGAGGUCAGCACAUAUUUUACGCCUUUCCAGGAUGUUGAAAAGGGCCUGAUAUAUUUUAAUACCAAGCUGAAAAUCCUGGAGAGGCGCCACCAGCGGAUUAGAGAAGUGAAAGCAAAGCAUGAGUUCUUGAAAGAUGAGUUGGAGGAAACAAAGUGUAGGUUGAUGUUGGAUCCAAGCAAGUGGAAAGGAGAAUUCGAGGUUGACCCUGAUCUCGACAAGGAGUCGCAAGAUUACCUGGAGGCAUUGGAACAAGUGACUGAGGAACUGGAGCAGUGUGUGAAUCUGUGCAAGUCGCACGUCAUGAUAGUCACCUGCUUUGACAUUGGGGUGAUCUGUGACACCCAGGAUGGAGCGCGGGAAGUGGAAGUUUGAAGGCGGGUCUGCAAGGGACGUGAGCAGGUGGAGCCAAACUUUCAAAAGAUGGGUGGCGGUGGUGGUUGAAGUAUUGGAAAGCGGAGGUGGAAACAUGAAGACUUAACGCGACAAAGAAUGUUCUCGGAGCCUGGAGGAAUUAGAAUGUUCUAAACCUUUACGGUGCCUCAGCAACCUAUGAAAUGUACAAAGAUCAACUUGAUUUUCUAAUAGAGGAAAGCAGAAAAGAAAAGUCUAUUAGGAACCAACUCUAUUUGCAAAGCGGAAGUGCCUUUACUGUUCAUUGUUGACUUGUUUUUUCAAUUUUGUAUUUGUUGCUAGAAUUGAAACCAGCAAACCUAAACAGACCAUAAAAUGUAUUCCUAUGAAAUAUUUUAUACUGUAUAGUGUAAUUUAUGACUAUAUGUAAAAAACAAAAAUUGUAGCAAAAGCAAUAAGUAAAUUAUGUUUUCAUACCUGAAUUUGCCUCCUUGUUUCAUGGAAAAGCUGGUUUAUGUAGCAGAACAACAACAACAAAAAAUAAUUGUAUUAUAAUUGCUUUUUCAUGGUUUAGGAUUCAAGAUAUUUUUAUGAACAUUUAUCUAUUGGAAAGGUGUAUUAUGAAAUUCCAAAUAGCCUGGUUUGUAUUCAUUUUUUGUACUCUUCCUUUUGCAGAUCACGAGGAACAUGUUUUUAAUUCCACGUUUUGUAUACAAAUAGUAGGGCUGAACUGUUUGGUUGCUUAGUCGGUUGGAACAAUCGAUUAAAAACCUUGCAAUUGAUUAAAAGGUGCCUCCUGAUUCAUCAAAGGGAAGAUUUGUAAAAUGCUGUUUAAACUUGUUUUGAAUACAGAUACUUGGCAAAAGAUGAGGAUGGCAGGCACUCUCACAGGGGAGAGAGUUCUCCCCGUUCUCUCAAUCAAGAAGGCAGGAAUUCCUCUUCCAAGCUGCAACACACAUGUGUGUAAUUUUUCAAAGGACGUAUACUUCCCCCUGCUUUGAAACCACU